AUAUAUAAGACAGAGGUUUGAAUACGUAACCAUCACACAAACUGUGCGUUCUUAGAAGACAACAGUCGUAAAUACACAAUAGGAAAGAUGAAAUUGUUUGUUGCCCUCGCUAUUAUUGCAGUAGCCACGGCUGCACCUCAAAACCCCCAAGACGUCCAGAUCCUGCGUUAUGAGAGCAAUAACGCUGGGCUUGACGCUUACAACUUCGCAUGGGAACUAUCCGACGGAAGCUUACACGAAGAGCAAGGUCAACUAAAGAACCAGGGAACUGAAAAUGAGGGAAUAGCUGUUCAAGGAAGAUACGCUUGGGUCGGACCUGACGGCGUAAACUACAUCAUUACUUACGUUGCCGAUGAGAAUGGAUUCCAGCCAACAAUACAACAAGGUCCCGGAGGAGCGAUCCCUUCUGCAGUAGUUGCUUCGCUUUUAGGAUAAUUUUAUUAAGGAUGUCUUGAAUUAACACAAUUUGUAAAUAGUACAACUAUAAAACCUUAUAUAAUAUUUAUAUAAGUUCGAUAAAUAAUGUAAAUAAAGUGUUAUAAUUUUUACAACCUUUUCAUUUAUAAUUUAUUAAUUAAUAACAUUUCGUGAUAAAAAUGUAUUGAUAGUGGCUAAAAUUAUUACGUACUAGCCAUAGCCCGCAAUUUCGUCAGCACGGUAUUAAAAAAAAUCUAUUAAUUUUGGUCUAAGAUGUGAUAGUUUAGCUUCUCAACAGUGAUAUUUUUUUUAUUAAAUCAGAAAUUUCAUGGCCUACUCAAAGCCAACAAACAAUCAAAUCACACUUAUCCUUUCUUUCCCGCGAAAUGACAUCAAACAUACACGUUCAUUGGUCAAUCAAUGAAUUACGUUAAAGCUCAGUUAACUCAUUAUAAAUGUGCGAACAGUUGGCUUGACUUCUUUAAAAGUCUCGCAAAAUGUUUUUUUUAUUAUUUCAACUCGUGCGUUUGUUAAAUGUUGUAGCAUAUUAUACGUGCAAUACCUAAU